AUGGCCACCGUCCGCUCUCUCGACUCGACCAAAUCCCGCACCAUGUCGAACGAAGGCGUCGGUCCCGCAAAGCAAGAGCUCCGCUCAAAGGUGUUGGCCGUCGGAGGGAUCGCUGGGACGUACGAGGAGCUCACUGGACACAAGCAGGAGCUGAAGGUGUCGAUGUCGGUUUGGGCUCUUCUCGGUCUCGCGUUCGCCAACAUGGCGCCCUCAACAGCUAUCAACGGCUCUCUCGGAACGGCGCUCCUCUCGGGCGGACCUGUCGCCUCGCUCUGGGGCUGGCUUGCCGUCGCCCUCAUCUCGGUCUGUAUCGCGCUGAGUCUCGCGGAGCUCUGCUCGGCGUGGCCUCACGCAGCAGGACAGGCGCUGUGGUCCUUCCAACUCGCGCCGCCUCGAUGGGCGCCGUUCCUCUCGUAUUGGACCGCCUGGUGGAACAUCGCCGGUGGAUGGGCCUUGAUUGCUGCAGGAGCGUACAUUCUCUCGGCCGGAUGCCUCGGUCUCGCCGCCGCCUACCACCCCGACUACGUCGAGCAGCCGUGGCACCUCGUCGUCUGCUUCCUCUUCUCGCUCUUCUUGUUCUUCCUCUACAUGGUUCGCAUCCUUGACCGCUGCACGACCAGCUUUGCCAUCAUCAACAUCUCGACUGUCGUCGCGACCAUUGUUGCCCUUGCGGCUUGUGCACCGGUCAAGGCCAAGCCCUCGUUCGUCUUCGGAGGCUUCUACAACGGGACCGGCUGGUCGAACGGCGGCCUCGUCUUCCUCCUCGGCUUGCUGCAGAGCUCCUUCACCAUCAUCGGCUACGACGCUGCCACCCACCUCUGCGAGGAGGCUGUGGACGCCGGUCGCCUUGCACCCAUCGCGGUCGUAGGCGGGACCGUGAUUGUCGGCAUUGUCGGGUUCUGCUACAUCAUCGCCCUCCUCUUCGCCAUCGCCGACAUCGACACCGUCGUCUCCUCCCCUCUUCCCAUCAUCCAGAUUCUCUCCGACUCGUUCGGCUUGCGUGGUGCGACAGCUGCCUUCGUCUUCAACCUCCUCAUUCUUGCGUUCGCCUGCAUCGGCAUCGUUUGCGCCUCGUCCCGCGCCGUUUGGUCCAUGAGCCGUGACCGUGGUUUCCCUGGCAGCCUCUUCUUCGGCAAGGUCUCCAAGACGUUCGUCGUCCCCGUCAACGCCCUCCUCCUGCAAGUGACGGUUCCCGCCAUCCUCGGGCUCAUCUACUUGGGGAGCAAUGUUGUGUUCUUCGCCUUCUUUCAGUUGACGACCAUCGGCUACCUGAUCUCGUACUUUAUCCCCAUCGCGCUCAUUUUCUUCCGCGGGCGCCACCUCCUCCCUCCAGCGUACUGGCGCAUGCCCGACGGCCUCGCGCGCUUCUGCAACAUCGUCGCGCUCCUCUACAUCCCCUUCAUCUGCGUCCUCUUCUGCAUCCCCAACUUCUACCCCGUUACGUCGACCAACAUGAACUACACGAGCGCCAUCGCCGCCGUGGCAAUCCUCAUCGGCACGAUCGGAUGGUACGUCGAGGUCCGGCGGCAUUACAAGGGACCGGCGUCGCAGGCGCCGCAUCUCGAGGAGACGGCCGCGGCGGUUUGA